GAUUUAAGCUUCACUUGCCAUUCUUUCCCCUCCUCAAUUUCUUGAACUGGCUAUACAAAAAUUAUAUUGAUUAAUUAUCUUAUGCCACUCUACUGCCCUCCUUGAGAGGGUCAUUUGAAUAAUCGAUUAAUCGAUCCGCCAAUCAUUAAAGGGAUUUGUUGGUUGCUGCAAGAAUACCAGAAAUAACUCAAACUCCCAGCCAUAUCUUACAUCUACCUGUCUCGGUACAUAAUCGUCAAGAUGUUCGCUCUUCUAUCUUACGCUACCAAUCUUUCAAUAAUCUAUAUCGUUCUCACUCUCUCGCUCUACAUGCUUUCUCCUAUUGUGCCUCUCGCAGGUUUCUUCGCUCGUCUCCUCGCCGGUUACAUUUCUCUGGUCCUUUGCGCUUGUUAUGGAGUCUUCAUAUCUAUUCUCCUCCGUCUCGUAGGAAACUAUCGCAUAUCUCAAUGGACCGUCGCUCGCGCGUUCAAAUGGACAAUGUGGCUUACGACUGGUGUAACAUUUGUCGUCGAAGAUCCGGACAAUUAUCUCGGUACAACACGUCCUGCAGUCUUGAUAGGAAAUCAUCAAACCGAACUCGAUGUACUCAUGCUGGGUUGUAUAUUCCCUCAAUACUGUUCCGUCACCGCGAAGAAGAGUUUAAAGAAUGUGCCAUUCCUCGGCUGGUUUAUGAGUUUGAGUGGAACGGUAUUUAUUGACCGCGGUAAUGCGAAAGAUGCCAGACAGGCUAUGGCGGGGGCAGCAAAGGAAAUCAGGGAGGAAAAACAAAAUGUUUACAUGUUUCCGGAGGGAACGAGAAGUUAUGCAAAGGAUCCAACUUUGUUACCUUUUAAGAAAGGAGCUUUUCAUUUGGCGGUUCAGGCGGGUGUACCGAUUGUACCGGUCGUGGUCGCUUGUUAUAGUAAUGUUUUGCAUGUCCAAAGUUGGAGGUUUAAAUCAGGGAAAAUACCGGUUAAAGUUUUGAAACCUAUCGAGACGAAGAACCUUACUUCUGCGGAUGUAGAAGAUUUAGCGAGAGACACGAGGGAGUUGAUGUUGGGGGAAUUGGUAGCUUUGACUUCGAAGGUAGAGGGAAAGCCAAUAGCUAUGCCGGCCCAAGAUGCGGAUGGGGUUGUGAAAGCAAGUGGAAGGGAACCGCAAGUGGAACAUCAUAUACUAUGAGGACUUGUAUGGUGUGAAGGAAGUUGCCAUUCUUUGCAAGUAAAUGGCUGGGUGCGGGACCAAACAAUAGUUCACAUGGGAGAGGGUUGGCACAAGGAAAUGGGUGGGCGGUACGGAAAUGGAACACAAAAGGAAGGACGGGGAUAAGAAACAAAUGAUGAAACAUGAGAUAUGAUAUCCAGCAGGCGAAAAGAUUUUCUCUUGCAUGAGUUUGGAGUAGAUGGACAUGGCAUGACAAUGCGACUGCGAAGAUUUGAAAUUCAAAUAGUGGUAGAUACCCGGUAGAAUUGGAAUUUUAAUCUGAAGAACAAAACUGAUAUUUUAUGAAAUCAUAUACUGCA